UUUUCCAGCUAUAAAACGGUUCGUUUUAAUUCCUUGGUCUAAUACGCGAACAGCUAAUAACAUGAAAUUAAAUAAAUUAAAUUGGUAGCUAGCUACUCUAUAGCUAACUAGCUAACACAUGGGAAAUGAACCGAUGAGCAAAUGUACCAUUACACAGGUUUGUGCAUCCGUAGUAUAAACCUUAUUUCAACUAAUAUUUUCUUAUCAUCCAAGAAUUCUCUUAGCUUUAGGUGAGCGUCCUGCCAGGCGUCCUCUCCGUAUAAUGCUAGUUAGCACAAUUCAAAUGUGAAUCAAGUGCUUUACGUAAACAAAAGAAUGGUUCGAGAAAGAUUUUACCAAAAAAAUGAACAAAAAUUAAUAGUUGAAACAUCAAUAAAGGAGCAGUUCGUGAGGAAUCUUUGACAUAUGUGAUAGUUAUGAGGAGUGAUGGACAACCAGACAGCAAAUAGGAACCAGCCACCCUGUCAGUCAUGGUUGGGCCAGAAUGUCUGGCCUACACCUUCUACUCAAGGACCUUUUCUCAACAAACCAACUAACACGCAGCAUCUCAGCACCGGCUUGUCUUCUUCCCAGAGAUCCUUCUUCGACCCCCUCCAGGUGUCGAAUCAGAACUGUGUCAGCGAGCUCAACUCCAUAUUAUCAGGAAACCUCCAUCAAUCAAACCUAUACAAAGCUCCUCACAUCAGCAGCGGCCCAUCGUCCACCACACUGUUUACUAACUGUUCUAUCCCUAAUACCUCCAACAUUAUGUCUUUUAAUCAACACACUUCAUCAAUGCUCCCAACUCCAAGCAAAGGAAAAACUGUACCCACCAAAUCUCAUUCCCAACAAAACCAAGGACUACAGCCCCAGCAUUUACCUUUUCAUUCAUCUCACAACUCGUAUAAAGCAUCUUUUCAACUUCCAGUAGAAAAUCAGAAUUUGCCACUUGGACUUCAAGAUCUGUCCACAUCUCUGCCAUCAUGUGGACAACGUCUAAAUAGGCCUCAAGCUUCUUUUGAACAAGCACAUGUGGACUCUGCUCUUUUUUCUGGCUCUACGUUUGGGAAUGCCUUAUCUUCAUCUGAGGAGCAGCCUCAGUGGACGCCUUCAUCUCACAGUAGGAGAGUUGGUGAGAGGGCUGUUCCUGAUGCAGCUGCUCAUGUUAACAAAAAGCAAAAGGUCAAUGUCACUCCACAAGUCGACAGUGAGAAACAACGUUCAGCAAUUUUACAUCAGCGCGCACAGCUACUUAAACAGCUGGCAGAGAUGGAUAAACUUCUGGAGAAGAUACCUCAAGAUGGCUGCAGUGCUCAGGAGUCUCCACCUCAUUUAGCUGAUCAGUCUCCAUCUAUCUCUGAUUCACUUCCAUGUGAACAAACUGAGACAAGUGAUGCACAGCAGAUUCACUCUGAAGAAGAGUCACAGUCACUUCCUGAAGAAGAUUGUUUAUCACCUGAUUCCUGUGAUGAACGAGAACAGGAGACUUCUGAUGUGCCAGACAAUCAGUCUUUCUCAGGAGAAUCAGAGGAAAAUGCCUCAGAUGAUGACUUUGAUUAUGGACCAGUUGGUGAUGAUGAUUUCCCAUCUGACAGUGACAGAGACUCAGCAGAAGAAUCCAGUCACAGCAGUUCUUCCACCUUUGAGGGUGAAACCCCUCCUCAGCCAGCCAAAAAGCAGCCAACACCUGGAAGGUCUUUUCAUAAUGACAAAAACGCCAGUCCUGUAAGAGAAGCAUGUGACACUGGUCCAAAGCCCUCUGAGAUUGUUGUCUUGCCGUCAGAUGCGAAUGAAAGUCGUUACAGCAAGAGGAAUUACUGUUUGUUCUGCUCUCGGUUAGUAACUAAAAUGGCACGACAUUUAGAGAACGUUCACAGUGACAGAGCUGAGGUUGCAGUUGCGUUUCAGUAUCCAAAAAAGUCAAAGGAAAGAAAGAUGAUAUGGAACAAGCUUAGAAACGAAGGGAACUUUGCACAUAACAAAGAAGUACUAAAAACUGGGAAAGGAAAACUUGCUGUACGAGUAAGACCGAAACAGCAAUCGAAAGUCACAGACUAUAUUCAUUGUCUUUACUGUCGUGGUCUUUUUGGGAAAAAAUUUAUGUUUAAACAUAUGAAGAAUUGCCCAGAGAAGAAGAAAAGGAAUGAAAAUGAACCUCGGCUAGGAAGACAGUCUAUAGCCCUGCGGUGUGUGCUGGAGGCUUCAGAAAACAUUGAAAUGAGUGACGGUCUGAGGAAGGUUCUCUGUGGGAUGCUGUAUGACGACGUUACUCAAACCAUCAUAAAUGACAAGAUUAUUUUGCAGUUUGGAGAGCAAAUGUUUAGUCAUUACAGCACCGAUGCAAAGAAGAAUGGCUACCUCAAACAAAACCUUCGUCAUUUAGGAAGACUUGUGCUCGAAGCUGCAAAGACAACCCCCCUGAAGAACCUGGAGGAAUUUUUCUGCCUCUCAAGCUUCCGACAUGUGGUGUCCACAGUGAACGUCCUGGCAGGAUAUGAUGCCGAAAGCAAAACCUACAAAGUUCCUUCCCUGGCCCUUAAGCUUGGCUACCACCUGCAGAAGGCCUGCAGCAUUGUUCAGGAAAAUGCAGUGAAGAGCGGUGACGACAACAUGGCAGAAUCUGCACGACGGUUCCUCUCUGCGUACGAGAAGAAGUGGAAUAAACUUGUUUCUGUUGGUGCACUAUCGACUUUAAGGGAAAGUAAGUUGGUUACAGAGGCUCAGAAUGUUCCAAAUGUCCAAGAUGUGAAGCGCCUGUUUUUCCACAUUGAAAAUGAUGCUGUUCUCAUUGAGAACAAAUUCAGAGAGACGCCUUCAACUAAAAACUACUCUGCUCUGGCAAAAGUAAUACUUGCUCAAACAAUCCUUUUCAACAGGAGGACCGGAUUAGAGGUGUCCUCAAUGAACGUAGCACAGUUUGCUUCUCUCAAAAAGUCAGAGAUCGUUGAUGACAUGGACAUAACUGUAUCGGAUUUGGAAAGGACCAUGUGUGGCUUCUUCAGCAGAGUUGACAUACGAGGGAACACUGGAAGAAUUGUGCCCAUUUUGCUCAAGCCAUCAUUUGUGUGCGCUUUGGAGCUCCUCAUCAAGGUUCGUGAGAAAUGUGAGGUCCCCAGCCAGAAUGAAUACCUGUUUGGACGCCCCCACACGCUGUCUGCCUACAGCGGGGCAGCAUGCAUCCAGAAUUAUGUGAAGGAAUGUGGACUCACAAACACCAAGGCCUUGAUGCUGCGAAACAUACAGAAGCAUUAUGGAACAAUGCUGCAGAUAAUGUCACUGAAUGAAGAAGAGGCCUAUCAGGUUCUAGGCCCCGACAAUCAAGUCCAAGCUCUUCGGCAGAAUAUCAACAUGCGGCUGGAUGAUGAAAUUGGCUCCCAAAAUAUGGCUGAGCAUCUGUUCAGUAACCAGUACCAGACUCUACAUACAAAGUCUGUCAAAUCCCGGAGCAAAGGCUCCCAAAUCAAGGACAAACGUAAAUGGGGGGAAGCAGAAGUAAAAGCUGUAGAAAAACACUUGAUGCGUUUCAUCCAAGAACACAAGGUGCCUCAGAAGGACGACUGCCUGGCGUGUCUGUCGGCUGAGCCAGGCGCACUGAGGAAACGCACGUGGAAAGCUGUAAAAGACUACGUGAGGAACAGGAGCAUCACCUUACAAAGACAAGGCGGCUUUCCCAAGGCUUCGUCUACUAACAGGCCUCAGCAAGUGAAACGACGCCAUGAAACACGACACACAACAAAGACCCGUAAGACAGCACCUUCAGGAUCUGCCAAACCCAAGGAAAAAGGCCCCAAAAAGAAGGACAAACAUAAAUGGGGGGAAGAGGAGGUUCAGGCCGUAGAACGACACAUGAUGCGUUUCAUUCGAGGACACAAGGUGCCUCAGAAAGACGACUGCUUGAAGUGUCUUUCAGCUGAGACGGACGCGCUAAAGACACGUACGUGGAAAGGAGUGAAGGACUACGUCAGGAACAGGAUCAUCGCCCUGCAAAGAAUUGGCAGCUCCUCCAUGACUUUACAUACAAACAGUACAAACACUAACAGGCGUCAGAAAAUGAAACAAACACAGAAGACACCACGAACAAGACAGGUCAACGUAACAGCACCUUCAAGACCUGUUACAUCCAAGGAUACAGGCUCCACAAAUAAGGACAAACACAAAUGGGGGGAAGAGGAGGUUCAAGCCGUAGAGAGACACAUGAUGCAUUUCAUCCAUGAACACAAGGUGCCUCAGAAAGACGACUGCUUGAAGUGUCUUUCAGCUGAGCCGGAGGCGCUGAGGGCACGUACGUGGAAAGGUGUGAAGGACUACGUCAGGAACAGGAUUACAUCACUGAAAAGACAGGGAGAUUCUUCCUGGGCUUCGUAGUCACAGUUGUGCGUCCGAACAAGCAGAAUCACAUCACAUCACAUCACUGUGCAUUAUUAGCAGCAAUGGUAGAUGUGACGACAACAGACAAACUUUAGGCAGUUUGCUUUGUUUACUUUAACUUUACUUUUUGCUUUGUUUUACUUUCUUUUUUAUCUCACUGGUUGAUUUUUACAUUUUUACAUUUCACUUUCAGCAAUUUCCAUCAAUUGUUUUCCAUCAUCACAAAACUGAGGAUUACCAGGAACAAGGUGCAAUUCUAGUUUACUACUGUUCUGACAGCACUGUAGAGUUAUAUUCAACAGUGUGUUUCACAUUUUAUUGAAAUCGUUCAUACAGAGACUCAAUGCUACUGUUGAACAAAUUUAGUUAUAUAACAAACUUCUGUUUAAGUGGACCAAGUUAUCUGGCAUCCAGCAAUAAAACUGGCGUAAAACAGUUUAUUAAUAAAAAAAGCCACAGUUACUCAUUA